CCGGAGGCGGAGCCCGAGGUGGGCGGCGGAGUCGUGCUUCGUCGCAUCCGGGAGGCGGAGGAAGACCUGCUUAUUUCUGAUUUCUGGAGUUCAGCACUAGAAACCAUCAACAAAUGUCUUAUGAAACAUCUGGAACAACUGACUGCCCCUGUGGGGACUCUUUCCGAAGCCAUUGGAAACCUGCACCUCGACUCAUCACCAGAUGAGUCAGAUGUGGCCCCUGGCUCCAUCCCAGGAGAGACCCUGGUCCCGGGGCCCUGCGGUUGGAAGUGUGUGUGUUACGGCAUUGGCAACUUUGCCACCUGCGUCAUAGCUAGAAACCAGCUAACGUUUUUGCUUCUUCUCCUGGAUAAGUGCCAGAUUCCCAGAAGUCACUGCUGGGUGUAUGACCCCUUGUUUAGCCAACUCGAAAUUGCAGUUCUUAACACCCUUGGGGUGACUGUCCUCAGUGAGAAUGAGGAAGGCAAACGGAGUGUCUGCGGUGAGCCCACCAUCUUCUACAUGCUGCACUGUGGGACAGCCCUCUACAACAACCUUCUGUGGAGCAACUGGUCAGUAGAUGCCCUGUCCAAGAUGCUCAUCAUUGGGAACAGUUUCAAAGGCCUGGAGGAAAGGCUACUGACAAGGAUCCUGCAGAAAAAUUAUGCCUAUGUUGCCAAGAUUUCCAAAGGACUGGAGGAGCAGGAGUUUCCCCAGACUUCACAGUACAUGGACACAUUUAAUGACACCUCUGUCCACUGGUUCCCUGUCCAAAAGCUGAAGCAGCUCUCCACAGACACCUGGGCAUUUCGGGAAGAACCAGAGUAUCAGGACUCUGAGGACCUUGAGAUCAUCAGGAACAAGACAGGAGACCCUCCAGCUACUGGCUCAGACUUGCCAUGACGUAUUCAAUGCUGGCUGAGGCCAGACACUGAAGGGGAGGCUGCCAUGGAGGGACUGCAGGGAGCUCCUGUCUACAGUGGGCCAGGUUUGGAGAGGACAGGAAACCCCUCAGCUUGGCUCUUGUGUGGAGAGGACUGCAGAAGAACUGGUAUAAAGUUUUAUGCACUUCUAAA